AUGUCCAACACUAUUGAGAUUGAAAGUACAUCGAAAAAUUCGUCUAAAGAUGCUGCUGAUAAGUCAAAAAAACUUAUUGCAAGGACUCGUAGUUCAGGUGUAAGUUUUAAUCCACCGGUCACUCAUGAUAUGGUCCGUUCUCUAUUUGAUCCAACUUUGAAAAAAUCGUUCCUCGAGAUAUGCAUUACUUUAACCAUCAUUUUAAACUUCAUUCUGGCUUAUUAUAUGGUUAAGUUUAUUGGCUUGUCGUAUACGAAAUUGUUCUAUUUAUGCCAAUAUGUGAUUUGGAGGUUAGGGUAUAAUUUUGGUAUUGGUUAUAUUCUGCAUAACCAAUCAAACUACGAAUCACUAACCAACUUCGCUAAUGAUCGUAAAUUAUUCGAUAAAAAAGAACAAAAAAAUAGUUUACUCUCUAGAUUUGCUCAGUUUGAAAUUAAUUCGAAACUGGAAGGCAAUGACAGCUUGUAUUCCUAUCCAACUGAAUUGAACGUAUGGUUGCUGUUUAGACAAUUUGUUGAUUUGAUCUUAAUGCAAGAUUUCUCAACUUAUAUCAUUUACGUCUAUUUAUCAUUCCCAAACAAACUAAACGAUUAUUAUAAUUUCAAUUCAUUUUUAGGUUUAAUGAUGAUUUUAUUUAAUGUUUGGGUUAAAUUAGAUGCCCAUCGUGUUGUCAAGGAUUAUGCUUGGUACUGGGGUGAUUUUUUCUUUUUGCAGGAUACUGAACUAACUUUCGAUGGUGUUUUCAAUAUUUCUCCACAUCCAAUGUAUUCAAUUGGUUAUUUAGGCUAUUAUGGUUUGUCAUUGAUUUGUAAUGAUUAUAGAGUCCUUCUGGUCUCUAUUUGGGGUCAUUUCUUACAAUUUUUAUUUUUAAAAUAUGUUGAGAAUCCUCAUAUCGAAAAAAUCUAUGGUGUUUCUAAUGAUACAGCUAUAAACUCAAACAUAGAUGAUUUAAUUUCAAAAGAACAUUAUGAUUAUUCAAGACCUUUAAUCUCAACCGGUAUUUAUUUCCAAAAUUUCCAAUAUUUGAGAUUUACUGAUUAUUUCACUGUUUCCACCGUCAUCGUGUUGAUUUCAUGGUUUUUGAUGUCAAAACCAUCAAACACUUUCUUAUUCUACUUCACAAUGUUUGUUAAGUUGGUGACUUGGUCGGGUAUCUCAAUGAUUUUAUAUCAACAAUCGCACUACAAAUGGUUUACUAAAUUGUUCUUGAAGAACGGUUACACUCAAAUUUAUUCUUAUCAAAAUUGGCAAUUCAUUUAUAGUUUUACAUUGGUUGUAAACAACACACUAUUGUUUUGCCAAACUUUGGGAAAAUUAGCCACCUUGUAUCCAUUUUCUCAAUUAUAUUCAAAAAUCAUUUUCGGUAUUUUAUUAUGUUGUUUACAAAUUUGGUGUAAUGGUGAAAUUAGAGACGCUAUCUCUGAUUUUGGUUGGUUUUAUGGUGAUUUUUUCUUAACCAACUAUAUUACGUCAAGAAAGUUGUCUUCUCGAGGUAUUUACAGAUAUCUAAAUAACCCAGAAGCAAUCUUAGGUGUUGCCGGUAUCUGGGGUACCGUUUUAAUGACCGACUUCUGUCAUGAGAAUAUUAUUUUGGCUGUUGAAUGGACUUUAACCAAUUUUAUUUUUGUUAAAUAUAUUGAACAACCACAUGUUGCGAAAGUUUAUGGUAAUUCUGUUCGUAUCAGUGGUGUUAGUAAAACUUUGCUUGCACUAAAACCAAUAAAAUCGGUUACAAGCUUUGUUGAUAUUGUCAGUAAUAAGAUGAUGCAUUCGUUAUCUUAUUUGGAUAGUGAUUCUGAAACCGAACAUAAUACAUCUGAUACUGACAGCGUUUCAAGUGGAGAUAAAGAUAUAUUCAAAUUUUCUAAGUACAAGUUGGAACACAAUAAUACUGAUAAGAUUUCACCAAAUUCGGAAUUUAAAGUUGAAGGUUUACAAAAUGAUAUCAAUUUAUUACCAAACAAAAUCACUGUUUCGUGGAAACUACCUGCAUCUAUUUACAAUGAAAAGAGUUGGAUUGGUUUAUACAACGUUUUGGAUGUUGGUAAUGAUAGAUUAAGAACUAGAGUGUCAUCUAUGAAUCACUGGUCUGCCACUUCAAAAUCUGCAUAUCCCCAUAAUCCAAUUAACAGUGCAUCUGUUUCCGAAUUCCAAAAGACUGGUUCGUCCUUUAGCGGUAAAGUGGUAUUUGAUGCUUCACUAUUACAUUUCAAACCUGGUAUUUAUGAACUAAGAUUCCAUGGUAAUAGUUCACAUAAGGUGUUGAUGAUAUCGCGUCCAUUUCAAUUAGGAUAUCCAAAACUGGAAUUAGAAAGUAGAGAAGACAUCAAGAAAGCUUUAACAGACAUUUUAACAAAAUGUGGUUCUGUUAAGGAUGGUAAAUACGUUGAAUCUGCUAACAAGAAUUUCCCAAUUAUUGCAUGUAGAAAAUUGAUCAAAGAUUCCUUAGAUGUCGAAUUAUCCAUCGAUUAUAUUAGAAGGGUCAACGGUGACCUUGAUACCAUUUCCACCAAAAUUCAUGAAAUUAAAGUCAUUUUAGAAAAAUUAUAG